GAAAGAACUUGGGGGCGGGGAGGCUCGGGCGCAUUUCUGUCCAGCCCUCUCGCUCGGCGCUGCCCCUCCGCGCCAGGCUCGCGCAGUGGCGUCUCAUUAGGGCCCUGGCCGCGGGCCACUCUCCCGUAACUUCCCCGCAAGGGGCGAGAUUUACGACCCCCCGCCCCCAGCCUCGCCUCGCACUGUCAGGCGCGCGCGCCGCAACAUAAAAUGGAUCCCGGCCGGCGCGGCGGCGGCAGGCAGGCGGCGGGCUCCGGGGCGGCGGGGCGGCUGUUCCCGAGGCUCCGCGCUGCGCCCGGGCGCACACGCGCGCGCUAACCGCGGCGGCGCCCGGGCCACGCCGAGCCGCGUCUCCCUGCGCUCGCGGAACUGUCAGGCCGAGCGGGCCGGCGGAUAUUGGCUCCGCGACGCGCCGAGGCUCCUCCCCGAGCCUGGAUCCUUAUAUUUUGGGAGAAUUUCUUUGAACUCAGUUACCGAGCUCCGUGAAGGAGGCAAGUUCCCACCGCCGGCUCGCCGGCGGGAGGCGAGGCGCGGCGAGGGCUCGCCCACCUUCCCCGGCAGCUGCGUGUGCCUGGCGGCCCGCCUCGCUUCCCUCGUGGAGGAAAACGGAGCCACCUGGCCGAGGAGAAUGCCAAUUAUCUGGAUGUGACCGUGCAAAGAGAGCGUGUGGCUGGAGGAGGCAGAAGAGGAUGAGGAAAAGCAUUAUUUGAAGAGAAGAAUAAACCACCCACUCCAACCCGUUCUGCAAAUUUAGUGCUAUUACUUCUGGGCUCCAUUCUCUUUGAUUCUCUCCCGCUCCCCAAUUAAGAAACCUUGACUUGAGGGCCAAGAGGCAGCCCUCGACAACGGGGGGACCCUUCUGGGUUGGAAGACCUUUUGGAUGUAGCGUUGGUGGAACGUUUAGACACUCUGCUCUGCAAGAGCCACCAUGAAUUCGGUAGCCGGGAAUAAAGAGAGGCUGGCGGUCUCCAGCAGGGGGAAGAAAUACGGGGUGAAUGAAGUCUGCUCGCCCACCAAGCCCGCGGCGCCCUUCUCCCCCGAGAGCUGGUACCGGAAAGCGUACGAGGAGUCGCGCGCCGGCAGCCGGCCCACCCCCGAGGGCGCGGGUUCUGCGCUCGGCUCGUCGGGGACCCCGUCCCCCGGCUCGGGCACAUCGUCCCCGAGCUCCUUCACCGGCUCCCCGGGCCCCGCCUCCCCGGGCAUCGGCACCAGCUCGCCGGGCUCCCUGGGCGGCUCGCCGGGCUUCGGCACCGGCUCCCCGGGCUCGGGCAGCGGCGGCGGCUCCUCCCCCGGCUCGGACCGCGGCGUCUGGUGCGAGAACUGCAACGCCCGCCUGGUGGAGCUGAAGAGGCAGGCGCUGAAGCUGAUCCUCCCGGGGCCCUUCCCCGGCAAGGACCCUGCUUUCUCGGCUGUGAUUCACGACAAGCUCCAAGUCCCCAACACCAUCCGGAAGGCGUGGAAUGACAAGGACAAUCGCUGUGACGUUUGUGCCACGCACCUGAACCAGUUGAAGCAGGAGGCCAUCCAGAUGGUGCUGACCUUGGAGCAGGCAACGGGCAGCGAGCAUUAUGAUGGCUCCCCUGGCUCGCCCCCGCCGCUCUCCAACAUGCCCACCCUGGUGGGGCCCCGGCACAUGAGUGGGCUCCAGCAGCCCAGAGAGUGGGCCUUUGUGCCUGCCCCCUAUGCCUCCUCCAACUACACAGCCUUUGUCAACAACAAGCAUAGCAGCAAACCCAACAGCCUCGGUGUCAGCAAUGGGGCCGAGAAGAAGAGUGGGUCCCCAACCCACCAGGCCAAGGUCAGCCUCCAGAUGGCCACCAGUCCCAGCAAUGGGAACAUCCUCAACUCAGUGGCCAUUCAGGCUCACCAGUACCUGGAUGGCACCUGGUCCCUGUCGAGGACCAACGGGGUCACCCUGUACCCAUACCAGAUCUCCCAGCUGAUGACGGAGACGGGCCGGGAGGGGCUGACCGAGGCGGCGUUGAAUCGCUCCAACACGGACAAGCCCUCGGCCUGCGGCGCCCCGGCCUCCCAGGGCUCCUGCGCGGCCAGCGAGACUUCCACAGGCCCCUCAGUGGCCGCUUCCUUCUUCGCCAGAGCGGCCCAGAAGCUAAACCUGUCUUCUAAAAAGAAGAAACAUCGACCUUCCCCCUCGUCCGUGGCCGAGCCCCCUCUCUUCGCCACCAGCUUCAGCGGCAUUCUGCAGACCUGCCCUCCCCCGGCCCCGCCCUGCCUGCUGAGGGCCGUCAACAAGGUGAAGGACACGCCAGGCCUGGGCAAGGUGAAAGUCAUGCUCCGCAUCGGCCCCACCCUGGCUCGCGAUUCCUCGGAAUCCAGCUCCUUCUUAAAGGUGGACCCACGGAAGAAGCAGAUCACCCUGUACGACCCCCUGACGUGUGGAGGUCAGAACGUCUUCCAAAAGAGAAGCAACCAGGUUCCUCCUAAGAUGUUCGCCUUUGAUGCUGUUUUUCCACAAGAUGCUUCUCAGGCUGAAGUAUGUGCUGGAACCGUGGCAGAGGUGAUCCAGUCUGUGGUCAACGGGGCGGACGGCUGCGUGUUCUGUUUCGGCCACGCCAAGCUGGGGAAAUCCUACACCAUGAUCGGAAAGGACGAUUCCAUGCAGAACCUCGGCAUCAUCCCCUGUGCCAUCUCUUGGCUCUUCAAGCUCAUCAAUGAGCGCAAGGAGAAGACGGGGGCCCGGUUCUCGGUGCGGAUCUCAGCCGUGGAGGUGUGGGGCAAGGAAGAGAACCUGCGGGACCUGCUGGCCGAGGUGGCCACGGGCAGCCUGCAGGACGGCCAGUCCCCGGGAGUGUACCUGUGCGAGGACCCCAUCUGCGGCACGCAGCUGCAGAACCAGAGCGAGCUGCGGGCGCCCACGGCCGAGAAGGCCGCCUUCUUCCUGGACGCUGCCAUCGCCUCGCGCCGGGGCAGCCAGCAGGACUGUGACGAGGACGACCACCGCAACUCACACAUGCUAUUCACCCUGCACAUCUACCAGUACCGCAUGGAGAAGAGCGGGAAAGGGGGAAUGUCUGGAGGCCGCAGCCGUCUGCACCUCAUCGACCUUGGCAGCUGUGUGAAAGCUCUUAGCAAAAACCGGGAAGGAGGCUCAGGGCUCUGCCUCUCACUGUCCGCUCUGGGCAACGUCAUCCUGGCUCUUGUCAACGGCAGCAAACACAUCCCCUACAAGGACAGCAAGCUCACCAUGCUGCUGCGCGAGUCCCUGGGGAACGUGAACUGCCGCACCACCAUGAUCGCCCACAUCUCGGCCGCCGCUGGCAGCUACGCCGAAACCCUGUCCACCAUCCAGAUUGCCUCCAGGGUCUUGAGGAUGAAGAAGAAGAAAACGAAGUACACGUCGAGCUCCUCUGGCGGCGAGAGCUCCUGCGAAGAGGGCCGGAUGCGCAGGCCCACCCAGCUGCGGCCCUUCCAGGCCAGGGCCGCGGUGGACCCGGACUUCCCUGUCCCUCAGCUGCCCAGCGAGCCGGACUACUCCUCCAGCAGCGAGCAGUCCUGCGACACGGUCAUCUACAUCGGGCCCAAUGGCACGGCCCUCUCAGACAAGGAGCUCACAGACAACGAGGGCCCCCCCGACUUCGUCCCCAUCGUGCCGGCCCUACAGAAGGCCCGGGGGGACAGCCGGCCUGCGGAGGCCAGCGGGGCCGCGGGCAGCAAGUCAGAAAGGGACUGCCUGAAGUGCAACACGUUCGCGGAGCUGCAGGAGAGGCUGGGCUGCAUCGACGGCAGCGAAGAGCCCAGUCAGUUCCCUUUCGAAGAGCUGCCCGUGCAGUUCGGGGCAGAGCAGGCCAGCAAGGGGCCCCCAUUGAGCCAGGCGGCCGGGGCGGACCUGCUCUGUGAGUCUGAUAAGGAAGAUAAUGGGUCUGAUGGCCCAUGCACCGACCGAGAAGGCCCCAACCCUCCCGCCUCCAAGAUGCAGAGAAAGCAUUCGCCUGGCCCAGCGCCCGGUCCCGCGCUGCCCGGAAGCCCCACCCCGGCCUCGCCCAGGAGCAUCUCCGGCAGCCGCACGUCCAGCCCACAGAGCAGCCGAGAGAGCCUGAGCUCCUGCAGCUUCGUGGAAGGCAAGCCCAGGCCCAUGGGCUCCCCGCGGCUGGGUGUCGCCAGCCUGUCCAAGACCUCCGAGUACAAGCCGGCCAGCUCUCCCUCCCAGAGGUGCAAGGUCUACACCCAGAAGGGCGUCCUGCCGGCUCCCGCGCCCCUGCCUCCGCCGAGCAAGGAUCCCGGCCCGGUCUCCAGCGAGUCCCUGCUGCUGCCCGAGGUGCGCACCCCCCCGGUCGGAAUGAGCCCCCAGGUUUUGAAGAAGUCCAUGUCCGCCGGGAGCGAGGGGUUCCCCGAGAGCCCUGGCGAGGAUGAGCCUCCAGCCGCCACGUCUCCAGAUUCUAAGAAGGAGAUCCUGAGCACCACGAUGGUGACGGUGCAGCAGCCGCUGGAGCUGAACGGCGAGGACGAGCUGGUGUUCACGCUGGUGGAGGAGCUGACCAUCAGCGGCGUCCUGGACGGCGGCCGCCCCACCAGCAUCAUCAGCUUCAACAGCGACUGCUCCGUGCAGGCCCUGGCCUCGGGCUCCCGGCCCGUCAGCAUCAUCGGCAGCAUCAGCGAGGACCUGGAGUGCUACUCCGGCGCGGCGCCCGUCUCCGAGGUCAGCAUCACGCAGUUCCUGCCUCUCCCGAAGCGGACCCUGGACGAGAAGGCGGGCCAGGCCGGGAGCCGACGUUCGUCCAUCAGCUCCUGGCUGAGCGAGAUGAGCGACGGCGAGCAGUCCUGCCACAGCUUCGUCGCCCAGACCUGCUUUGGGCCCGGGGAGGCCAUGGCAGAGCCCCCGGCCUCGGAGCUCGUCGGCAGCCUCCAAAACGGCACCGCGGUGUGCCGGGAGAAGCCCAAGGUGGGGCCCGACAAUUUGCUCAUCUUGUCCGACACGGGCGAGGACGCUUUCAGCAAGGCGGCCCCCAUCAAGGGCUGCAAGGGCUCCACGCUGGGCAAGGCCACGGUCACCAUCUCCAACACCGCAAAUCUGGGCGGCUGCGAGGGCUACAUCCCCAUGAAGACCAACAUUACAGUCUAUCCCUGCAUCGCCGUGAGCCCCCGGCCCGCCCAAGAGCCCGAGGCGCCCAUCGCCCCCGUGCUCAGCUCGGCGCCGGGAGCCGUGCAGGCCCCGGAGAGCAGGGAGACCGGCGCAAAGGUGGAGAUGAAAUUUGAGGACCCUUGGCUAAAACGGGAAGAGGAGGUCAAAAAAGAGAGUGCCUAUCCCAGCGAAGAGGGGACCGGGGGUGAGGCUGCCCCAGGCCCCCCGAAGCCUGAGGCUGGGGCAGAACAGGACAGGAAGGCCAGCCCCGGGGACAGGCUGAGUAGCAGUAGCGGGGAAGUGUCUGCCUCGCCCGGGAGCGACAACUUGAGGAGGGUUGUGGAUGGCUGUGAGACGGCCCUGCCUGGCGGGGCCGCCCAGAGCCCAGUGCACCCCAACAGGAGCCUGAAGUCCAGCAGCCUGCCCCGGGCUUUCCAGAAGGCCAGCAGACAGGAGGACCUGGGCAGCCUGUUCUACCACUGCGCUGCGGAGACCAACGGGCUGGGCGUGCCCCGGUGCAAGGCAACCCUGGAGAGGAAGGUGGCGUCGCCCAAGCAUGGUGUCCUGGCUCGGCCCAAAGGGACACCCCCUCUGCCGCCGGUCCGCAAGUCCAGCCUGGACCAGAAGAACCGGGCCAGCCCGCAGCACAGCGCCUGCAGCAGUGGCACCAGCAGCCCCUUGCACCCCCCGGCGCCCUUCCUGGCUCCCUUUGCGGACGAGGCCGGCGGCAAGGUGAAGGAGGCCAGCAGCAGCAGCAGGCUCUUCAGUGCCAAGCUGGAGCAGCUGGCCAGCAGGACCAACUCCCUGGGCCGGGCCACGGUCAGCCACUACGAGUGCCUGUCGCUGGAGAGGGCGGAGAGCCUGUGCGCGGGCAGCUGGCGGUCGCACGCGGGCAAGGACAGCACAAUGCCCCGCACAGGCAGGAGCCCAGGCCGCGCUGCCGCUGCCCCUGGGGCCUCGCCCGCCGCGCCGGGGCCCGCACCGCCCCCCGCUGCUUCCUCGGCCUCCGCCGCCGGUGCCGCGUCGCCCAAGGCCGGCCCGUGCAAGAUCUCGGCGGUGAGCAAGCUCCUGCUGGCCAGCCCCAAGGCACGCAGCCUGGCCACCGCCACCACCAAGACGCUCAGCUUCUCCACCAAGUCGCUGCCGCAGUCGGUGGGCCAGAGCCCGGGCCUGGCGGCCAGCGCCAAGCCCACUUCCUGGUCCACGCAGUCCCUGAGCCGCAGCCGGGGCGCGGGGCCCACCUGCAAGCCCCCGCCGCGCGCCGUUAACGGGCGCAUCUCCGAGCUGCUGCAGGGCGGCGCGGGCGCGCGGGGCGCCGAGGGGCGCGCGGGGGCGCCGGGUGAGGAGCGGCCCGCCGCGCCCCCGCUGCCCUCGCCCUACAGCAAGGUCACGCCGCCCCGCCGGCCGCACCGCUGCAGCAGCGGCCACGGCAGCGACAACAGCAGCGUGCUGAGCGGGGAGCUGCCGCCCGCCAUGGGCAAGACCGCCCUGUUCUACCACAGCGGCGGCAGCAGCGGCUACGAGAGCGUGCUGCGUGACAGCGAGGCCACCGGCAGCGCCUCGUCGGCGCAUGACUCCACGAGCGACAACAGCAGCUCCGUGGGCAGCCGCUGCCGCAGCCUCAAAGCCCCGAAGAAGCGCUCCAACUCAGGUUCUCAGAGACGGAGGCUCAUCCCAGCACUGUCCCUCGACACCCCGUCCCCUGCAAGAAAACCCGCUAGCAGCAGCGGGGUACGCUGGGUGGAUGGCCCCCUGCGCAGCACCCAGAGGGGCCUCGGGGAACCUUUUGAGAUCAAAGUCUAUGAAAUCGACGACGUGGAGCGGCUGCAGCGGCGACGCGGGGGUGGCAGCAAGGAGGUCACGGGCUUCAACGCGAAACUGAAGAUUCUGGAACAUCGCCAGCAGAGAAUCGCGGAGGUCCGGGCCAAGUACGAGUGGCUGAUGAAGGAGCUGGAGGUCACCAAGCAGUACUUGAUGCUGGACCCCAGCAAGUGGCUCAGCGAGUUUGACCUGGAGCAGGUUCUGGAACUCGAUUCCCUGGAGUACCUGGAGGCGCUGGAGUGCGUGACCGAGCGCCUGGAGAGCCGGGUCAACUUCUGCAAGGCCCACCUCAUGAUGAUCACCUGCUUCGACAUCACCUCCCGGCGCCGAUGAGGACCCGGCCCGGCCUGCCAGCCCCUCCCCUCACUGCCCGGGGAACCCCCCCCCCCACCCCCGCCCACCCCCCGCCCCAGCCAGCCCCUCGGCAGGCCCUCGGUGCCCGCGGCUCGGAGACAGCGGAAGGAGGACGAAGGUUGGUGCAAGUCUGCAGCGAGCGCUGAGCGGAAGGCAGUUUUCUUUUGUUUUCUGUAGGAAAGGUGCAAACACCACACGUGUGGGAGGAGGAAAUGUUGGGAAGCCCAAGGGACGUGGAAGCCCCAUGAGACUGAAAAAGCACUUUGAGGAACUUGCGAGAACUUGUUGAUACGUAAGAACUACUGGCAAGGGACCCCUCUCUUCUCCGGCUUGGCGAGGAGGGCGAGGGCACGUGCAGGACUGCCGUCGGAAGCGGACACACAACAACAGAUGACCCAGAGCGACUGAUUAAGUGCCUUGCAAAUCUUUAUUAUCCACAGUUUAUGUUGAGACUUUGUGUACAGAUGGUGCUAGUCCAGAGGAAACUACCACCGCCGCCGCCACCACGAAAAAGAAAAUCAAAUGCAUUUUUGAAAUGUAUUUACAGCUCGUUUUCUCUUGGUGUUUUAUCCUAUUUCUGACUUGCUGUUUCUAAAUAAGUAGUGUUUGUAGCUCUAUCCCCUAAUCAGUAUUGCCUCUGAAUAAAUGUUCACUGUCCUUUA